AUGGGUGUUCAGACAUUAACUGAACAAGAAAAGAAUCAACUAGGAGUUGUUCAUAGCUCUAGUUGUGAUGUAAAGUCAUCGACAGUAGCUAGAUUGUAUGAAGUGAAACAAGGUGGUUGGGAGUACACCGGUGUCGUCGGUGCCUGCUCUGUCAUCUCGCACCGUAUCGAAAAGACCAACUACAUCAAGAUCUUUGACUUGAAGUCGACACGUGUCGUUUUCGAGCAAGAGUUGUACGAAGGUUUCGAGUUGCACCGUGCUCGUGAGUUCUUCUACACCUUUGAGGGUGACAGUGCCGUCUUUGGUUUGUCGUUUGCCGAUGUCAAGGAAGCCGAAGAGCUCAACGAAGCCUUGCAAAAGUGCAUGCGUCCAAACCUCGUCAGCACUGGUGCCUCUUCACAAAAGUCUUCGACCAACUUGGUUGCUGCGCAAUCCACCGCCUCCAAGCCAGAGAAGAAGAAGAAGAAGGGUUUCUUUGACAAACUCUUGGGUAACACCGAUGAGGAGGAUGAAGUCAUGGUGAUUUCAGCACCCUCCGGAUUCCGUCAUGAAUCUCACAUCGGUUGGGAUCCAUCGCAAGGUUUCGAAAUCCGUAACAUUCCACCCGAUUGGCGUAAGCUUUUCCAGUCUGCCGGUAUCACAAAGAAGGAGUUGAAGAAUGCCGAAACCGCUCAGUUCAUUGUCAAUGUCAUCGGUGAGUCCAUUGCUGCCGGUGGUGGUGUACCACCUCCACCACCUCCAGGUUUGUCUGCCAACCGUUCGAAUCCACCACCACCUCCACCACCAUCGGGCAACCGUUCAGCGCCACCACCUCCACCACCUGCACACAAGCCUUCAUCAGGAGGACCACCACCUCCACCACCACCCCCUUCGAAAUCUGCUCCUCCUCCCCCACCUCCCCCAGGUGGUGCUCCUCCACCACCACCACCUCCAACCAGUGGAGGUGGUGGCGAUGGUGGUGGCGGUGGUCGUGCCGAUCUACUCUCUGCUAUCAGAGGAGGUGCCAGUCUCAAGAAGGUCGAUCACACCCAACAAGAUCUUCCAGAACUCCACAAACUUGAUGAUGCUGGUAAUCGUUCACUCGUAGACACUCUUGCAUUCGCUAUGGCUCAAAGAAGAGGAAACAUGAGAGAAGAUGAUGUAGAUGAUGAUGACGACGAUGAUGAUUGGUCAGACGAGUAG